UUACUUAAAUUAAAUAAAUGAUCAACCCCCUCUAUGUUUUCCAUGCCUUCUAAAUGAUCAUCUCAAAUUAGACACGAUUACGGUGAAUUAUUUCCAGCUUUCUGCAUUGAAAUGUGAGAGUUGCAUCCCAAAAACGAUCUUAAAGACACCAGCCGAGGGUUUUCUUGCUCUCUUGAGUUUCACUUCGUGUUUUCUUCCUGAUUCUGUGGCUCAGGACAGAUUUCUGACGUCUGUCUACAGCACCACAGGACGACGGACAUCAUUACUGCAAAUGGCCCUCCGGUGGCUGAGCUGCGGUACUGCAUGGCUGCUUCUCUUAGCCUGCAUCCUCCCAGUGGACGCGCAGUCCUGCAACGGAGGAAUCCCUGGCAUUCCUGGGAUACCCGGCACCCACGGGCCCAACGGCAAGGACGGCCUGAAGGGAGCAAAGGGAGAUCCAGGUGAAGCCAGUCAGCCACUCAGGGGUCAGAAAGGGGUACAAGGUCUGCGGGGCCCCCCAGGUCGGUUUGGUAUUAAGGGGGACGUGGGUCUCCCGGGGCCUGCAGGAAAUCAGGGCUGGAAAGGGGAAAAGGGAAGACCCUUCAACCCUUCCAACAAGCAGAAAUCCAUCUUCUCCAUGAAACGGGGCACUUCAAAUUUACCAGAGUUUAACACUGCUAUUAGGUUCAACAGUGAGAUUUUGCCCGAGUUGGAGUCACAGUUUCAAGGAGAAACGUUGGUAAACGGGACGUUCGAGUGCACAAUUAAAGGAGUUUACUUCUUCAGUUACCACGUAUCAGCAAAGACCCGAGUGUGUCUGAAGCUGAUGAAGGCCAGCGAGAGUAACGAGCUCAUGAUGAUGUGCGACCACGCUGAUGGUUUCCUGGUCACGUCCGGCUCGACGGUGCUGGAGCUGGAACCCGGAGACCAGAUUUUUGUGGAGCCAGUCAAAUACAACAGCCUGGUGACCCAGAGCAGCACCAGCCACACCUUCACCGGCUUCAUGAUCUUCCCCACCGCCUAAACCAAUCCAGGCACAGUCCAUUGGGCCGCAGGACAUUUAAAACGGGUUAAAUAAGAAUUCCUGUUUGGUGAAAACAGAAUAAUCGCAUUUGAACAAAUUUUACAACAGUUCACUCGUAAAUUAAAGGACCUCCUACCUGUGAUGAUACAAAACUGCAAUCAUUCUUGUCUAAUUAGCAGACUUAAACCCAGCUUAAAUAAAUAAAAACCCAGCGA